ACCAACCAACCAACCAACCAACCAACCAACAAACUUACUUCAUCUACCUUGGGUGUAUACUAUACUGGCAUUGAGAACACGACACUGUCUUAAUACAUAAGCUUGGAGAAGAGCUCACCCGAAAGAGAGUGAAACAACAGACACACACAAUGGAGUCCAUGAUGGCCGCACACCCGAUGUACAUGAUGCAGUAUCAGUACGACAACAGGCAACAUGCGCACUAUGCACACCUCCCGAGCCAACAACCCAUGGCCUUCUACCCGCCAGUUCCCAUGGUCCCCUCGACGCCAACAUACUCUAGGCCAGCCUCCGCCUGCUCACAGCCCACCAUGCAAUCAAUGAAGCAAAUGCCCAUGACCAGCUACCCGUCUGCCAUGACCCCUAUGGCCUCACCACAGCCCAUGGCCCGUAGGUCCAACAUCGUCCUGGAGACGGAGGCCUGCGACUGGGAGGGCAAGAGGCAUCAGGGACACGGUAUUUACUACCCAUCGACCCCUCCGCUGUCGAGCUCAGGCAGCGUCAUCAGCAGCCCGGAGAGCUGUGACAUGUUGUCGACACCGAUGAACCCCAUGUUCUCUGGUCUGGACAGCAUGGAGAGCAUCAAGCCCGAGGUCAACUCACCAGAGAGUUUUCCCGUUCUCGAAUGGUCAAACUGCGCAUCGCCUCCGAUGACACCUGUUUACCUGAACAAUGUCAACUACGGCAAGCAGAAUCUGAGGCCUGCUCCCACAUCUUCAUGCUCACCUGAGCUUGCGCCCGCAGUUUCUGCCUGCCCUUCGCUUUCGCCUUCUCCGGUCCCCCAGGCCCGGUCAUUCACAUCGGAGCCCAGCUUCUGCGACCCUAGGAAUUUGACUGUGGGCAACGUGACUUUGGGUCUUGAGCCUGCUAGCCUGUCAACCGAGACCCUUGUUGCUCACCCAGACAACAGCUUUGUUUUUGUUGCGCCCCAAACUGCCCCCACCUGGGACGCCAUUUCUGAGCUCGAGUCAGAGGAGGAUUUCGUCAAGGGUCUCGUUAACCUGGACGACUCAAAGUCAGACGCUCAGGGUACCAGGACUCGUGCUAGCUCGGACGCUGUCAGCUUGAACUUCGACGACGUUGAGGCUUUCCCUCUAAUUCCCGCCGCUCACACAACCAGCGACGACGACUGCCACAAGAGUAAGCGCCAGCGUACCUGCGGGGGCCCCAAGAUGGAUUCUGCCACCAACGAGUCUGCGUCCCCCGCCGCCGCUCCCUCUUCGGAGCAGCAGCAACAGCCCAAGUCGAGCGAUGCCCCCAGCAACGAGGAGACUAAGAGCAAUUCUGGAGCAUCGACCAACUCGGACGGUACCGGCCUGCCCGCGCCGACCAGCCGCCGUGGUCGCAAGCAGUCUCUUACUGAGGACCCAUCCAAGGCUUUCAAGUGCGAGCUUUGCGACCGUCGCUUCAGACGUCAAGAGCACCUGAAGCGCCACUACCGCUCCCUUCACACCCAGGACAAGCCCUUCGAGUGCAACGAGUGCGGCAAGAAAUUCUCUCGUUCGGACAACUUGACCCAGCAUGCCCGCACCCACGGCUCAGGCGCCAUUCCUCUCAACAUCAUGGGUGAGGAGGAUCUGGCAGCAGCAGCAGCCAACGGCUACAUGCACCCGCCGCAACAUAUGUAUUCGAUGGUUCCCAAUGUGCCCACCCUCCCCGACUACAACUCGUAUGGCAAGGUGCUCUUCCAGAUCGCCGCCGAAGUCCCGGGCAGUGCCAGUGACUACUCGGAUGAUGGCAGCGAGAGGAAGCGCAAGCGAGCCGACUAGGAAGGGCCAAUGGCAACUCACCAGCCCUUGCCGCACAGAGUUUGCGGGACCUAGAGGGGGACGAUUAUGGAAUGUCGACGCGGGCCUUUCGACAUUUAUGCCCGAUACGACUCUUGACGACAUGCACAUUACACACACAUCACAGCAAUUGAAACCAUAUUACAUUCACUUCAUCACCCAUUGCCUCCAUUCAAAGACCGAGCUAGUCCUCUGCCGGAGAGAGGAGGGUAAACAACGGGUAUCACUAGGGUUGACAAGAAUCUUGCAAAUCGGGAAACAAACAAACGGGAUACCACCAUGGCGAUAGUGUACUUUUUCAGGCGGGCAUCAAUUGGGGUUUUUUGAUUUUUCUUCCACACACACUGGCGGCGGUUUUGCGAAAAAGUGGGAUUUGCUUUGCGUACUAGGAGGGUGGAUACUUUUUUUGGUGUGCAGUGUAAACUCUUGUAACAACAGACGUCUGAUUUUCUUUUGACGCGGGACGGCUUCGAACUUUGAAUUCAUAACUGAGCAGGAUGCCCAAAUGCCAAUUGGUUUACAUUCUUUAUUCACACUUUUGACUCUUUGCCUACAUAUUCACGCUGUGGAAUGCAUUUGCGAGCGUGUGUUUGCCACAACAACAUACGCAUAUAAGGUACAUGCGUGCAUUCGCGCAACUGACUUGAAAGUUACUUUACGACAAGGUUGACGUCGAGAGGUUCACAUAUCUUGUCGCACAUGCUUCUAAACUAUACCCU